GCCCCAGUCCCUCUCUUUCUAUCAUAUAUCCCAGGAUGUCCUGGAUCUUGCAGUGAUCCUUCUGCCUCAGUACUGGGCUCACAGGCUCUCUGUUUCGUUAACAUCUUGCAGCAGUGUGGCUCUGUUGAGUGUUCAUGAGGCCUCCCUGCCCCCAAUGCUGGCUCUGUAGAGGUCAUACAGGAGGAUUAGUGACUAAUCUGGCUUCUGAGAUUAUUAUUCUUGGGGCCCAGAGAAUCCAGUCAGCAGGCUCCAGGCCACAUCAGAUCCCUCUUCGGGUCCCCAGCUCCUCACACGCUGCAACCAUGGUAUCUCUCUUCUCUGGCCGCACCUUGAUCAGGAACAACAGCGACCAGGAUGAAGUGGAGACAGACACGGAGCUGAGCCGUAGGUUAGAGAAUCGUCUAGUGCUGCUGUUCUUCGGUGCCGGGGCCUGUCCCCAGUGCCAGGCCUUCGCCCCAGUCCUCAAAGACUUCUUCGUGCGACUCACUGAUGAGUUCUACGUGCUCCGGGCAGCACAGCUGGCCCUGAUCUAUGUGUCCCAGGAUCCUACAGAGGAGCAACAGGACCUCUUCCUCAAGGACAUGCCUGAAAAGUGGCUCUUCCUGCCGUUCCAUGAUGACCUGAGGCGGGACCUCGGGCGCCAGUUCUCCGUGCGUCAACUGCCAGCGGUCGUGGUACUCAAGCCAGGCGGGGACGUGCUGACGAGCGACGCCACGGAGGAGAUCCAGCGUCUGGGACCUGCCUGCUUCGCCAACUGGCAGGAGGCGGCAGAGCUGCUGGACCGCAACUUCCUGCAGCCAGAGGACUUCGAUGAGCCCGCGCGGCGCAGCAUCACCGAGCCUCUGCGCCGUCUCAAGUACCGGGUAGACCGGGAUGCCGGCCGAGGUCGGAGCCGAAACGGGCGCGACUCUGGUGAUCCCCAGGGGGACGCGGAUGCAAGGGCGGAGCUCUGGUGACUCCCAGAGUACCCGGGAGUGGAGAUGGAGCUUUGGUGACCCCUGGAGUACCGGGGUGCGGGGGGCCGAGGUCUGGUGACCCUCCCCCACCCCACUGCCCAGUGUACCCAGGUGCAUUGGUGAAACUUUUUGACCUUCAAGGGAAGUCCAGUGUAGGGGCAAGGCUCGGAUAUCUUUGUCCUCUUCCAAGUUCAGUAUGUUCCCUAGACAGCAGCCCAGGGUGGCCUUGAACUCACCAUUCUCCUGCCACAGUGUAAGAGUAGCUGGAAUAACAGCCAAAGAGAGACAACAGUUUUCUCUCCCGGGUCUCCUCUAGUCCUUGAAAGAACGUGGAUUCCUACGAACAGCUACUGUGAGCAAGAUACCCAGGUCUUAGUGCAUGCUAAGCACUGAGAACCCAUAGAACCCCAGACUCAAAACUUCCGUCCAAAACAAAACAAAAGAAGCAAACACACA